AUGACUGUCAACGGCAGCGCUCAUGGGAACGGCCACGUGGCCUCUUCCUCUCGCAGCCCGCUCCAGCUCGAGCCAUCCUCCACCGAGGCAGCUCGGGUUUUGCCACAGGUGCUGGAGCUCGUACAAGGAUUCAUCGCAUCGGGAGAGGAACCGGAAUCGUACGUCGCUCCGUGGGGCAGCAUCCCGAACUUUCGCAAAGCAAUCUCGCUUUCGCUUCCCGACACCGUCCCGCAAAACAACGACGAUGCGUUGCUCGAGGCGGUCAAGCUGGUGUUCGACAACUCGGUCAACCCGUGGACCGGUCGCUUCCUGGACAAGCUGUACGCUGCACCAACGCCCGUGGGCAUCGCAGCUGACCUCGUACUCAGCGCCGUCAAUGCAAAUGCGCACGUCAUGUCGGCAUCACCGGUGCUCAGCCUGGCCGAAGAGAGGUGCGUCGAAGGGCUUUGCGAGGUGUUUGGGUUUACAGAAAAGAAGGCGGACGGGUUGACCAUGCCUGGUGGAUCGUCGGCGAAUACGUUGGCUGUACAGACGGCGUUGGCGAAUAUCUUUCCGAGGUUUAGGGCGCAGGGGCUGUUGGGAGUGAUGCAGCAGUUGAUCGAGGAGAAGAGGGCGCCGAGGCCGUUGCUGUUUACCUCGUCGCAGUGCCACUAUUCGUUGGAUAAAGCGGCCAUCUCGGCUGGGCUAGGGUUGGACUCGGUCAUCAAGGUCGACUGCGACGCAACCGGCAGAAUGGAUCCAAAUGCACUCGAUGCAGCACUCACAGCUGCCAAAGAGUCGGGGGCAGGAACACCCUUCCUCAUCAACGCCACUUCCGGUACUACGGUGCUCGGAUCGUUCGACCCGCUGCCCGAACUCGCCGCCAUCGCACGCAGACACCACUGCUGGUUGCACAUCGACGCCUCCUGGGGUGGACCCAUUGUGUUUUCGCACAUCGCCACCUACUCGGAUCUCAUGAAGGGCAGCAGUAUGGCAGAUUCCAUCACGAUCAACCCGCACAAACUGCUCAACGUCCCGCUCCAGUGCUCCUUCCUCCUGGUACGAGACGCCGACACCUUGUCCGCCAACAGCCUAGACGCCGGAUACCUCUUCCACUCCUCGGACCGCCGCGAGAACGCCGCCAUGAAGACCAUGGGCUGCGGUCGUCGCGGCGACGCGCUCAAGUUCUGGCUCUACUGGGUACGCUACGGCAAGCACGGCUUCGGUCAUCACGUCGACGCCGGUCUCCACCUGGCGAGCGAACUGGUCGACUACAUCCGUUCCAAACCAGACCAGAUCGAACUGGGUCCCUUGGCAGACCCGCUCUUCUUGCAGAUCUGCUUCCGACCCCUCCAGCCCGCCAACGGUGUCAGCGACGUCAGUCAGAACGGCAACGUCGUCGCCAAGCAGCUCAGUGGCGCGGAGGUGAAACGCAGAUCAGCAGCUACGCAGUUUGUGUAUCAGGAACUCAAGACCAGGAGGAUGUUUGCGGUGGAUUUCGCUCCUUUGCCCAACGGAAUCGGUGAUUACAUCAGGCUGGUGGUGCAUCCGAGGACAAGGAUGGAGGACCUGAAGAUGCUGGUAGACCAGGUGGCGGAGAUCGGUCAGUUGUAUUGGCAGCAGCAGCAGCAGGCGUGA